AUGGAUGAAGAAGGUCGUCUGAAAAAUGUAUUCUGGGCGGAUGCGAGGUCUAUAGCGGCUUAUGAAGCUUUUGGUGAUGUAAUUUCCUUUGAUACAACAUACUUGACGAAUAAGUAUGACAUGCCAUUUGCUCCAUUUGUCGGUGUAAAUCAUCAUGGGCAGACGGUGUCCGACAUUCUCAAGGGGAAGGAAGGUGCAUUUAGAAAGCAAGUGAAUGUGAAAGACAUUCCUUCUAGGUAUAUUUUACCACGAUGGAGGAAAGACAUCAAACGCAUGCAUACGUAUGUACAAAACUGUUACGAUGACCCACAAACAAGUGAGGAGAAACUGCGGUUCACUAAGUUGUGCUCUCAUUUUUCUAAAGCCGCAGAACUUGGAGCGGAGUCAAAUGACAAGUUCAACUUGUUGAUGAAAUAUGUGGAUGAUGCAAUUGAGAAGUUGAUGGACAACACAACUUGUAAGGAAAAUUUUACACCUACGUUGUCAGAGGCGACUAUUGUGCCACACCAACAAUUUCUCACUCCUUUGAAGAUGCGGAGUAAGGGUCGUCCACCAUCAAAGAGGAAGAAGUCAAAAAAGGCACAAACAAAGGAAGAUGAAUCAGCUAAAAAAUUUGUGCAAGAUGAUCAUUGCACACAAGAGAGCGUGGUGAAUUCAAAUUCUAUAUCUAUCAAUCUGGACAAGCAUCAUAGUUCUUCUGUAGGUUUUACAAGCCAGUGCAAUGAUUUAUGA